CUGCAUCUGUCUAUGCACACAAAUGGUCUCUGUGAAGCUCAGAGCGCACCGAUUACCAUUCCGAGCACAGCACCUCUGGUCAGAAAUGGAGCCGGGUCGGUGGUUGACAGUAGUCCGGGGGCAGAAGGGGGGGAUAUAUUAUGGGAGCAACCUUUCAGUCAAUCUGGAUUAACUCGCACUGAGCUCUGCGUCGCCAGGAAAAAAAAAAUCCACAGUGAAAGCGAUACGAACAUCUGGCUGGAUUCAGCACAGCACCAGUCACUCAGAGCAUCGCGGUAGAUAUUAAAGCAGCCUGUCGCUACAAAGGCGUUUUCUCUUCUGGAGGUGCAUACAGGCGGAUGCGCAGUAAGAGGCGAUCCCGCACAGCUGCAUCCUCAAAGCAUCCCCGGACCUCAUCCUCUUUUCCCACCAGUAUUUCUUUCUCCUUUUUUUUUCUUUUUUUUUUGCACGAAAGGAGACUCUGAGUUCCAUUUCUUCAUCGCAGAGGAUCGCAGAGGAAUCGUCCUAUAUCUCUUGGUCAUGGAUUUCUUGAAGGGCAUCGGUGGUUUCGCAGGCCGUCACAUGCUGUAGGAGCCAAGACGCGUGUUUCGGGACACCUGAAUUAUCUCCAAGAGGCACCGUCGGUCCCAUUUUAGGCAAGGCACCCUCUGCGUGUGCUCUCAGCCCUCCUGGGAGACAAAAUGCACAAACGCACCCUGCUUUAACUCGGCUUGAUGCUUCAUCUGCAAGGUGUAUUAACCUGACUGAGAAGGCAAAUGGAGUCUCUCCUGGUUUAUCUGAUAGUCCUCGGUGUGGCUGUGAAGGCCCACAAAGUUCAGAUUUGCCCCAAACGCUGUGUCUGCCAAGUACUGAACCCCAACUUGGCGACGUUGUGUGACAAAAAGGGGCUGCUCUUUGUGCCGCCAAACAUUGACAGACACACAGUGGAGAUGCGUCUGGGUGAUAACUUUGUAACCAGCAUAAAACGUAAAGACUUUGCUAACAUGACCAAGCUGGUAGACCUGACCCUUUCGCGGAAUACUAUUGGCUCCAUCGCUCCUCAUGCCUUCAAAGACCUGGAAAACCUACGAGCCCUCCACCUUGAUAGCAACCGGCUGACCCGCAUCACCAACGACACCUUCAGUGGCAUGUCCAAGCUGCAUCAUCUCAUACUCAACAACAACCAGCUCACCCAUAUCCAGAUUGGGGCUUUCAAUGACCUGACGGCACUGGAAGAACUGGAUCUGUCCUACAACAACCUGGAAAGUGCCCCGUGGGUGGCUAUUCAGAGAAUGUCCAAUCUGCACACCCUCAAUUUGGACCAUAACAUGCUCAGCUACAUCCCAGAGGGCACCUUCUCUGGUCUACAGAAGCUCAAGAGGCUAGAUGUGACUUCUAACAAGCUCCAGAAGCUUCCUCCAGACCCUGUUUUCCAAAGAGCAGGGGUCCUGGCCACUUCAGGGAUAAUGAGUGCUACAUCAUUUGCAUUGAGCUUCGGCGGGAACCCACUGAGAUGUAACUGUGAGCUGCUGUGGUUGAGAAGGUUACGGCGGGAGGAUGAUCUUGAGACCUGUGCCUCUCCACAACACCUAGCUGGGCGUUAUUUCUGGACUGUUUCAGAAGAAGAGUUCCUGUGUGAGCCACCCCUCAUCACUAGACACUCUCAGGAGCUGCGAGCUUUAGAGGGUCAGAGUGUUACGCUGCGUUGUAAGGCCAGGGGCGACCCUGACCCUAUUAUCCACUGGAUCGCCCCUGAUGGCCGCCUUAUGUCCAAUUCCUCGAGGGCUGUGGUCCACACAGACGGCACAUUGGACAUCCUCAUCAGCACCGUCAAGGACUCUGGCUCCUUCACAUGUGUGGCAUCGAAUCCUGCUGGCGAGGCUCAGCAAACAGUGGAUCUAGUCAUCGCUAAACUGCCUCACAUCACCAACAAUACAGUCGCAGAACAGGAACCUGACCCCGGAUCAUCAGAUAUCGCCACAGUGACCAAGACGGGAGCAGAUGCAGGAGGGGUGCCUCUGGGGAACGCAAAGACGAGCCAGGAGAAGAAAGUGGUGAUUGCUGAGGCCACGUCCUCCUCGGCCCUGGUCAAGUUUAACUUCCAGAGGAGCAUUCCUGGAAUACGCAUGUUUCAAAUCCAGUACAACGGCACCUAUGAUGAUUCACUGGUCUAUAGAAUGAUUCCCCCGACAAGUAAGAGCAUCCUCGUAAACAACUUGGCAGCUGGAACGCAAUACGACCUCUGCGUCCUGGCUAUUUAUGAUGACCAGGUGACGUCGCUCACUGCCACCCGGGUGAUCGGAUGUGUGCAUUUCACCACUGAGCCUCAGUACCUGAGAUGCCAUUUCAUGCAGUCCCAGUUUCUUGGCGGCACCAUUGUGGUUAUCAUUGGAGGGAUUAUUGUGGCCUCCGUGCUUGCUUUUAUCAUCUUUCUCAUUGUGCGCUACCGGGUGUGUAACCAAGGAGAUGUAGAUAAGGCUCUGGAGAUGGGGGAUAUUCGGUCACUGAGCAGUGAUGGGCAGCUACAGGGCUGUGGGAUCCCCAAGUCCCUCUCCAAGCAGGUCCUGCGUCCAGAGAAGAACGACAAAGACUGCCUCAGAGUCGCCCUGCCACCCCCAGAGCCAAUCAAGCAGCGGCCGCCAGUGGUUGUGGCGACCACCAAACCCUCGGUUCCUGAUUGCACUGUUUCUACCUCUGCUGCUAGUCACAGCUGGCACCCAGCCUCCCCAGGAGCCCCCCGGCCAAAACGUUCCAGUGCUCCACCAAAACCCUCAGAGGCUCGUCGAGCCGAAGCUCAAGCAGAUGUGGAGCUCGAUAACAUGAACCGGAAUAACUCCUCUGAGGUUAAAAUGGCCACUGCUGUGGCUCUGGCUGCACCUGGCCAACCCAUCAAAUGGACUGCAACUCCCAGGGGCCCCAGGCCCCAACAGGCAUCUCGACAUUACAUGACUGUGCCUGCAGGGGGCGUAAGAGUGAACCGCAGGCACUCCCUUAAUGCAGACUCAUAUAGGGAGCGCUGUUAUGUGGCCUACCCUAAAACUGGAGCCAGUCUUCGUUCCAAGCGAAGCCUGUCAAUGAGUGGCGAGCUGCCACAGCUAGAGAGCACAACAAACAUUCACCGGGCCAGGGACAAGCUCUCCAGGUCUGAGUGGCUUCUGGAGAGCACUUUAUGAUUCUGAGUUUAUGACCUGCAUUUUCUUGUUUUCUUGGAUUGGAUUUGUGGCCCAUUGUGGAACAGAUAGGGAUUUUAUGCCUUGUUGCGAGCUUUGGCGCUCUCCACUGAGGGACCUAUAAGCUUCUCUCAUAUAUUUGGGGGCAAGGCAGACAUACAGGGUUAUGGGAAAUGUUUCACAUUUGUUUUCUACCUUAUAACCUAUCAAAGUCUUCUUUAUAAUGACAUUUGAUCGAGAAAAGACACACCAAUGUAUAAAACAACUUCAUGUACAAAAAUGUUUAGUUGUAUGGGAUCCUGUAUAUCUCGAGACAACCAUACGUGUUCAUGUGGUACUGAAUGCAGUAACUUGGACAUACUGUAUUAUAACAAAAAAAAAAAAACAUGCAGGAGGUGGGAAUAUUAUACUCGCAGUCUCAUUGCCUGUUACUUAAAGUGAUACAAUCUCUGUAGACUUUGAACAUGAUUCUUGUCUCCAGCUCUCCAGACAGGCAGUGACAUGUCUUAAUUACCUUGGAGGUGGUUUGGGGAGAUUACGAAUGUGCUUUACAUCCCAGUGGUGUUGGAACAGAAUGUAGUAGACAGUGCUCCAUGUUUUCAUCCCGACUCUCCCAGACACAGCACAAUGCAGCAUUUUGUGGCACAAGUUGACUCAGCCUAAUACUGCCCUCCAGUUUGAAUCAAUACAUUUUUAUCACAUAAUUAGAUAAAGACUCAACUCCGAUAGGAUUCCUGUCAUGACUGAUUGGAAUGACAGUUGAACCAACACCAACAGCAUGACAGGUGCAGGAAGUAAUCUGAUUGUAUGUGUGGAUGAAAUCCGGAGGAAUGAGACACGGUUCAUUUCCUUAUUUUUACUUACUGACAUUAUCAUGUCAUACCAAUGACAACCAUUGUAAAUGAACUUGUCAAUGUAAGAGAAAUGAUAAUCACAAGUGUGGGAGGACGUCAGCUCUUGAUUUUGCUGUUGUUUCUGUUUGAUGUUUACCAGAAUAAAUAAAAACAGUGAUAAAAGGGACAUACUCCUGUUUUUUAAGAACAAUGCAGCCUUUCAGUUGUACCUCAUUUUAAGUUUGCCUUGUAAUUCCCCAAACAUUCUCCCUCAGUCACUUGGUAGCAGCAGAGAACAGUCCUCUCCGGGCCAGAAAGUUGUCUCAGAGUGAGCAAAACAAUAGAUGCAACUCUACCAGCCAGAGUCAUAAUGAAUUUGAGGUUUCAGUAGUCUUGCAGCAACAUAAUUCCCCUUUCUCUGCAAGUGGUGGACCUCUGACAGAUCCCUGCCCUGAGCCUUGUGUUUGUUCAAAGAGAGGAGGGAAGCAGAAGAUGAAAAGAGGCCAUGAUAGUCAGCAGGGACAUUUCUUGCCUGCACAUCUACACACUCAUCUGACAGCGCUGCAUGUGCCAUCGGACAGCAGCCUCUGCAGAAACCUGCUGCAGGAGAUGGUAAACCCAACCUCCGCAGUGGGAACUCAUGCGCUGCUAAUUCUACAGUUACAGUAAUGUCUCCAUUCCAGGGACUGACAUGAUAUGCAUUAUCUACUGGAAUAUGAGCCCUGAUUCCCUGUGUA